UCGCUUGAUGUUAGUUCCUGAAGCAGGAUGACAGCUGAGCUGAACGGGUCGUAAAGGUACGGCAGCGCAGUCUGCAACAUUAACAACAAUCAUCACAAACUCCCGUGUUAAAGCGAAGGACCGACAGAUUUCGCCGUGUGACGCGUGUUUGUACCAAGUGUGUUUGAGUUUAUAAGAGGACGGUAACUGUUAACCUUGCGGAUAUUAUUUUAUCUUUUUCACCAAGAGAGAAAAAGAUCCGUGUCCGGAUGUGCCAGCAGUAUUUGGUUUUUCGCAUGGCGUAGGCACCUUUUCUUAAGCAGGAUAUUCUUGAUGUUUGGAGGGUCCGAAGAGGCCCUCGGGUCGACAGCUUAUCCCACUAACAUUAACUAUACUUCCAAAUUGACCAAUUUGUGUGGGAAAUGAUCAACGAAAUGAUUGUGCAAUAGAGAGGAAGACGCGCAGUAACACGUCUUGACAAUCUCAGUGUUGUGACUGUGGAGAGAGCAAGUCACCAGGAAUAAAUUGUGUUUUUGUUUCCCGGCCGUAAACCCAACAACGACGUGUUUGUGAGAGCUGUUACAAGGGAGACGAAAAGAGGAAAUAUUUGUGUCCUUGUCUCGUGUGUGCGUGCGUGCGUGUGUGUGUGUGUGUGUGUGUGUGUGUGUGAACCCCUCCAAGGACCGGGAAAACCUUCACGAUGACGGGCAGCACCCCAGCGGACAUGAUAAACCUGCGGCUUAUUUUAGUCAGUGGGAAGACGAAAGAAUUCCUCUUCUCUCCCAACGACUCUGCAGCAGACAUUGCCAAACAUGUCUAUGACAACUGGCCGAUGGACUGGGAGGAAGAGCAGGUCAGCAGCCCUAACAUCCUGAGGCUGAUCUACCAGGGCCGUUUUCUACACGGCAACGUAACACUAGGAGCUCUCAAACUGCCCUUGGGGAAGACCACAGUGAUGCAUUUAGUUGCCAGAGAGACUUUGCCUGAGCCAAAUUCCCAAGGUCAGAGGAAUCGAGAGAAGACCGGGGAGAGUAACUGCUGCAUCAUUCUGUAAAUACACACCUCCGCUGUCGGCCCUCCAUCCUUCUCAUCCAUUCUUGCCCUCAACAUCCUGAACCUACUGUAAUGAGCUUUGUCCCCUGUCCUGGAGGCUGUCAACAAUGUGGAUAUGCAUACAGACAAACACACACUCUCUUCCCCACCCCUCCUCUCUCACACAGACAUAGAAAGUAGACAGGGUCAUCCAGGACACAGAGUUUGGAGCAGGAAAUUGAUUAACGAUAGAGUUGAUUCCUUUGUUGUACUUGAUUUUUUGUCAUAACUGAAAAUCAAAGGAAGAAACUGGAUUUGCAUGUGUUUUUUUUUUCUUAAUGCGUACCUUUUUAAGCCUUCUGCCAUGUACAUGCACACAAACAUACACGUACACACACACACACACACACACACAAUAGACAUAUACACCCUGUCUAGCCCUCCUCAGCCGGUUUGUUAAGUCAGUUUCUUACUGGCUCCUCAUUCUAGCUAGUUGUCAUGGUAAUGCAGUGCCCAAGUUCGUGUGUGUGGCCUUCUUUUCUCAUACAGACCGCUGAGAAUUUGAACCACUAACAACAUACACACACACACACACACACACACACACACACACACACACACACACACACACACACACACACAUAUAUAUAUUCCCUGUCUACACAUCCAACCAUAUGUGCUUGUGUGAUCUCCCUCAGUGCAGCAGACAAAGCUUAGACGUGCCUGAUCAGAGAACUCAAACUAGGACACACACACAGACACACACAUAUACACACCUGUGUCCUUUUUACUGCCCUCCUCUGCAUGUGCCCUGAAGGGUCACAAGAGAGAAAUUAUUCCUUUUUGUCUGCAGAGCGCUGUACAGACCGCCCACACCCUACUCUUUCAGUCGUCAUAUUUUAGCCAAACAAAGCCUAACAAACAAACAAAUAGACAAACAACCAGUGGCAGUGGUCUUGUUUUGGUUAUUUGUUUGUCCAUGACAUUUGUGACUGUGUUUUGACAGUCCAUGUAUUUUACUGACCGACCAGUGUUGUGAUUAAUAAAACGUCAUGUCAGUCCUCCACAAUGCACCAUCCCUCAUUAUGCUCCUUUUUUUUAACAGUGUUGUGAAGGAUCUCUCUCUUGACAGUAGCUGUCCAAGCAGGGAAAUGAACUUGGAAUGAAAAUGUUCCCUAUUUGUUUUAAUUCGCUUAUUACUCUCUUCUUAAUUAUCUCUCUCUGCAUUAAUAAAUCCAUUUUGCACAACUGAAGCAUGUGCUCCUUCAUCAGAUUAAUAAAAAUGUAUAAAAAGUUUUAUUGUUUUAUUUUAUAUUUUUCCAAUGGAAGUAAUGUUCCAAACUAAGGUAACGUGUAGAAUAUAUUUAAUAUGAAUCUUAUAUAGAUCAUGAUGACUCUAGAUCUUGUUGAUAUGCAGUAUAUUGGUGUUUAGUCUAUGAUUGUGCGUACGGUUAGCUUCUAGCCAGUUCACAGUCACUCGCUGACAAUGUCUUGUGCUUAACAGCAGCAAAACCUCCCUAAUCAUCGACAGACUGUAUUUUUAUUUUCUUUCUUUCUGUGCUCUUUUAUUAUUAUUUUUUUCAUUUGUUUAUAAUUUAAUGUAAUCCUUUUUCUUUGUUUUUUUGCUUUAAAGAAUUGCUUUGUAACAGCACUAGGUCUUAAAAAAUAUUGUUUAUAUUGAUCAGGGUUCAAAUCUGUACAGAGAUAAACGUUUUCAAACCAAUUGUAAAUAGCACUAAUGCUCCCUCUCCCCCCUCCAAACUUCAAAAUGGAAUACAUCUGUAAUCUAAAUAAAGGUUAUUGAAGUGCA